AUGCAGCACCAUCCAGGGUCAUGGUACCUCCCAUGGGGAGUCCCCCUCCAGAAAAUGGUCGCCGUCCCUAUACCAGCGGCUGCCGCAGCUGCCGCGGGCCCCUUGCACAUGCAAACCCCCACCGUGCAUUUACAGGCCAUGCUGGGGGGGCUGCCCACCCCUUUGGCGACCUUGAGGACGUUCAUGACUCAACCGGCGCAACCACAGGCGAGAAAGAUAGGCGGCUGUGGUGGAAACGAAAGAGAGAAAGGUAAAUUGGCGGGAAACGACAAACGAAAGGCGGAUGACGGUGAACCGAACAAAGAUAUCAAAAAGGCUAAAUUGGAAACAAAAGCUCUAAAGGCUAAACGUCCUGGUUUUACAGAUGAUCGGUAUAAUGAAACAUCGUACUACAUUGAAAAUGGUUUGCGAAAAGUAUACCCCUAUUACUUCACGUUCACAACGUUCACCAAAGGCCGUUGGGUGGGCGAAAAAAUUCUGGACAUAUUCGCCAGAGAGUUCAGAGCGCAUCCAGCGGAAGAGUAUGAGCGAUGUAUACAGGCGGGGACGCUGACCGUUAAUUACGAAAAAGUUCCAACGGAUUAUAAAUUAAAGCAUAACGACCUCCUGGCCAAUGUUGUACAUAGACACGAGACCCCUGUGUUAUCGAACUCGAUCAAGCUAAUACAUGUUGAUGAAGAUUUAGUUGUUUUGGAUAAACCUUGUUCGAUUCCGGUGCACCCAUGCGGCAGAUACCGCCACAACACCGUAGUCUUCAUACUAGCAAAAGAAUACAACUUGAAAAACCUUCGGACCAUUCACAGACUAGACCGAUUGACCAGUGGCCUUCUUCUCUUCGGUAGAACUCCGAAGAAAGCUAGACAAAUGGAGCACCAGAUCAGAAACCGGCUAGUGUCCAAGGAGUACGUUUGUAGAGUUGAGGGAGACUUUCCUGAUGAAGUAAUCGAGUGCAAUCAGCCCAUAGAAGUAGUAAGUUACAAAAUAGGUGUGUGCAAAGUGUCACCUAAAGGCAAAGAUUGCAUAACUGUAUUCCAAAAACUAGGAUAUAAUGGACAUACCAGUGUUAUUCUGUGCAAGCCGAAAACCGGUAGAAUGCAUCAAAUCAGGGUACAUCUUCAGUAUUUAGGUCAUCCUGUAGUGAACGAUCCCUUGUACAAUCACGAGGUGUUCGGUCCGUUGAAGGGAAAGGGCGGCGACCUCGGUGGUAAAACCGAUGAGGAACUUGUCCGAGAUCUUAUCCACAUACACAACGCCGAAAAUUGGUUGGGAAUGGACGGCGAUAGCGAAUUGUCGAUGUUCAAUAGUAGAAAAUCAGAUUUAGAUGAAUCUUUAGUUGGACCAAUUGUGCCUAAAGGACGUGUCCUAGGAGACGACGAGACAGACUCUGUAUCUCGGGAAGCAUCUCCGUGUGAGGAAACCUGCGACAAUGCGUCAACAGCUUCGCAGGAUUCUUCAUCAAGAAUGGCCAUGGACUCGAAUAGUGGUAAUAGUAGUGGUAUAAGUAAAGUUGACGUUAAAGUGACAGUUGCAACACAGACUGGCCAAGAGGCGCCAGAUUUGGCCUUUAAUCCAGAGAAAAUGACAGUCGACACUCACUGCUAUGAGUGUAAAGUGCGCUACAGGGACCCGAAACCACAAGAUUUGGUUAUGUACUUACACGCGUGGAAAUACAAGGGCCCUGGUUGGGAAUACGUAACUGAAUUGCCCGAUUGGGCGCAAGUCGACUGGAGAGAACCCGACGCACCGCAGUGA